AUGGGAAUAAUUGAACCUGCAUUCAGUGCAUGGGGUCAACCUGUAGUUCUAAUACAUUACAGAAGCGCUGUCAUCACACAGACAGCACUGCCUACUGUCACCGUUAGGGGUUUCCUCAACUUCCGCACCACCGUUGACGGCACAGUCAUUGUGUUCACACCCGCGUCGGCCAUCCCCUCCGAAAGUGCCAAAAGUACAGCCAUUUUGCCCACAAUCCAAAGCACACUAUCGCCACAAACUAUCAUUAAUACAAAAUCAUCGGUUUUCCAUCAAAUAUCGCCAACACAUGUGCCACAAGCCAUUCAGCCCACGAAGGCUUCCCAACAGUACCCGACAGGUCUGGUGACAGUCUUGGGCGGCACUGUUGUCCGCAACGGCGAGACUACGAUCCACGAGACCAAAGUGAUCGGCACUUACAUCGAUGGCAAAUACGCGCAGAUCCUACAGAGCACUGCCCGGGUUGAGGUACCGGUGCCGCAGACGCCAGUUAUCCGGCCCACACAGACAUCUAAAUAUAGCGGUCCAUCCAUUUUCGUGGAGUCGCCUCUCAAGAAGGCAUACGUUAUGGCCAGAGAUGAGCCCAAACGAGAGGAACCAAAGGCACCAGAAUUUGACGAAAAUAACGGCAUUCAAAGUUAUAGGAAACCGGAGCCACGAAGACUUCACCCGAGACUGGCGUUGAAUCCGUUGAGAUCGCGAUGGACUCAAAGCAAUCUGCAGAAGAAUGACAAGAAUCAGUCGGAAGAUGGUUCGCCCAAAGCUCACAAAGUAACCAAAGCACGACUCGGCACCAGACGGUUCAGUCUCCCUCCCAGAGCGUCGCCCAAAGUCCAAAUGAAUCGUUUUAAAGCCAAACUGCCGGCCACUGCCUUAGAGGAGCGACAGAGCUAUAACUCUAGACUUCAGACCCGAUUAGAUAAACAGAAAUCUGAAUCAUCGGAGCCUAAGGCAGAUGAGGAGGAGAUACAGAGUGCGGCCGAAGCUAUUAGUGAGGGUGUGAUUGAGGAGAGACAGGCACAGGAAGUGCUGCCAUCGGAGCCAAUAGAUCCGUCCAAAGUGGCCACAGAAGUGCAGACAAUCACAAGCGAAGUGACAAAACACGUGAACGGAAACCAGAUUCAAGUGGAGACAGUGACCCUCACCACUACUAUCCAACGACCACUUGAUCCAGCAGAAUUUGGCACCGAUUUAAUCGCGCCGACAGUACCCGUAGAGGCCAAUGAUGUGGACGUGACAUCAGUCCAGGAGACACCACCUCUGGUAGUCUCGAGAACUUAUUCAGUGACCGAAAGAAGUAUGAGAACGACUGUUAUCCCGGUGUUUGACGGGACGGUUACAAACAGCCACACGGUUACCGAAAGUUUUUUCAUCAGGAAAUUGAUUACUGUCUAUAAGACUCUUCCUCCGGGAGAUAUGUUCCUCUUGGAAACGGCCAGUAUUUCAAUGAAUGACUCAUUUACUGAUUUAUUGGCCGCCGAACAGAGCGUUCCCUCUCUAUAUGAAGGCGCCAUUGAGAUAACAGAGGAGCCCGACAACGAGUUGGUGAGCGCCACAGCGGUUGCUCAGCCGGUACCUGUGCCCACACUGGACCCGAGUACUAAUUUAGGCUUUAUGGCCAACAACCAGUUGCCUCAGUUUGAUAUGAAUAACCCGCUAUUCCUGGCGGCCGCUCUCCAGAACCCGCAGUUGGCCGCCGUAUACCUGGGUCUCCAACAACUCAAACAACAGGCCCCUCAGUAUAACACCAUUACUAAGCCGACCACAUAUGUGACCACAGAUACCGUGUAUAACACGAAAGUUGUCAGCUUUUACGACGGCCGGUCCACCCGUUCCCGGACUCUUGUGGAGCCGGUGGGCACUACAGAGCGAACUCUCACCACAUAUACGACUGAAGUAACGCCUGUCAUGAAUGGCAAUCUGGCAUUGCAACAAGCACAGUUCCACAAUGUAUUCGCCACUAACCUGGUUUCACAACAAUUUCAAAUGACCCCGCAAUAUAGUACAAUUACCAAAACUGUAACCACACUCACUGACAGCACCAGUACCAAGACUAAAGUCUACACAUUGGUCUACAAUGCGUUCAGUACUCGAUACCGCACAGUGACCAGUACUAGCGUUAUACCCACUGUCCUCACAACUGUCAUCACAUCUACCGUUCCAUAUCAAGUGGCAAACACUGCCCAACCUUUCAAUAUUUUUGGAUAA